AUGGAGGGUAAGGAGACUCACUCUCCUGGAUCUGCUCUCCGUCGCUCAGCCACUCACGACGACGAAAUAGAUCCAUUUGACGCAAUCCUAGAUGCUGACGACGGCUCCGAUUACGCGAGCCCGUCCCUCACAAAAUCCCGGCCGUCCAAUUUCUUCCGUCCAUUCCAGCAGCUCUGGCGACGACCCAUCGUGCGAUUCGCCGUCGCACAGAUCUUCAUCGUUUGGGCUGUCGCAGCGUCGGUUCUCUACAUCCAAGACGUCGCCAUGUCGCACGAGGGGUCGCUACAACACAGCGACAUUUCCGGUCUAGGUCUAGGCAGCGGCGCCGGAGCUGCCGGCCAAGCAACCUUAUUGGAGCAGCUUAAAAAGCGGUUUCACGAACGGUGUCCGAUGCGUCCACCCGUGUGCCGCCCAAGGAUUGACCUGAAGGCGGUUGCGCAUAGCGCGAAGCAUUUCUACGCGCAAGACAAGCCCGCGGACGGGGAUGCCGCGGGGCCGGGGGGGAGCGCAGGGGGUUCCGCGGAUGGGAAGAAUGGGACCAGCGCGGGCGGGGGCGGGGCUGGCGGAGCGGAGGAUGAGCUUCCGCUGGUGGUUUUCUUUGCGGGGGUUGAAGGUUCCGGACAUAAAUUCUUUGAGCAGGUGUUUCGGAACAUAAAGAAAGUUAACUUCAGUGUGGUGGCGUUCGAGCCGCUGCUCCACCUCACCUCAGAGGAGACCCAGACGCACGUGCACGGCGUGGACGUGCGCUGUCCGCGGCUGCCCUACGCGCGUCCCCUGCGCGCCUAUGCCAAGGAGAUGGCUGUGCGGCUCGCUGAGAUUGGCAACGCCCCGUACCUACGAGCUCGGGACUCCUAUCCUCUGGGCCGGGUUCGGACGCCGUUGGCUCGGCCGGACCUAGUGCACAUGCUGCAGCUGGACGGGUUACUCUUCAACCUCAAGGUCGUCGUGAUCUCGAGAGGGCUACCCGAUGCCGUGCGAUCCGCCUACAGAAUGGGGUACCACGGAGGGGACUUGGGCCUGCAGGUGCGCAUAGUGGAGGACGAGAUGGUGUUUCUAGACACCACCAUGCGCAUGAUUCCCUGCAGCAAGUACAUCGUCCUCGACUUUGACUGGGUCGCUGACAGCCCUGAGCUCGUUGCCGAGCCUCUUGCAGACUUUCUUGGAAUGGGGUUGACAGCAGAGGAUGUUAUUGCGGGGACUGUCGCGAAAGGCGUGUCUAACGGCAAAGCGUACAUCCGAUUCGACCACCUGGAGUUCCAUCGGCCGGCAGAGGAGGCGCAACACGCGCCGCUGGUUGGAAAAACCGGGCGUAUCGAAGCUCUCCUGUUCGACGUGGAAGAUCGCGAUCGGAUCGGAUAUGCCACGUCAGCAAAGACGCGAUCCUUCUGCUGCACACCCGAGCUGGUGCAACGCACUGGGUGCAAUCCCGGCCACGUCAUUGUCCGGCCCAGGGAUGGCGACCACCAGUGGCCGCGAGUGGUGGAGAUCAAUUUCUUUGGCAACGACACCACAGUGGUGGCAGCGCCCUCGGAGAUUCGCAUCAAGAUGACGGGCAUGUACUACCUCUGGUUCGUCAUCUGCGACAAGAGCAUGGCUGGCGUCUCUGUAACGGGGACAACUGUGUGGAAGAACCCCGACGGGUAUCUGCCCGGCAUGAUGGCGCCUUAUCUGCUUUUCUACGAAAUCAUGGCUGUGGUGUACACGAUCCUGGGCAUUGUGUGGUUCGCGCAGUACUUCCGUUUCUGGCAGGACGGGCUGCAGAUCCACACGUGCAUCACCGCCGUCCUCGUGCUCUCCAUGGCCGAAAUGGCCACCUGGUUCUUUGACUUCGCCAAUUUCAACUCCUCCGGCUUCCGCCCCAUCGGGACCACCAUCUGGGCGGCGACCCUCGGAGCCAUCCGCAAGGCCGUCUCCCGCGUGCUCGUCCUGGUCGUCUCCAUGGGGUUCGGCGUCGUUCGUCCCACCCUCGGGGGGCUAUCCGGGAAGGUGGUGGCGCUGGGGGUGGGGUACUUCGCGGCGGUGGAGCUUCUAGACGUGAUGCAGAAUGUGGGAGCGAUUGACGAUCUCACGAGCAGCGAGAGGCUGUUCCUGGUGCUGCCGGUGGCGGUGCUGGAUGCGAUUUUCAUCCUCUGGAUCUUCUCCGCUCUCUCCAAGACGCUCGCACAGCUGCAGGCCAAGCGCACGACGCACAAGCUGGAGCUGUACCGCAAGUUUACCAACGGGCUGGCGAUCGCUGUGUUGGUGUCAGUUGCCUGGAUAGGCUUCGAGAUGUACCUGCGCACAUCAGACCCGUACAACGAGCAGUGGGAGGGCGACUGGAUCACCGGGUGCUUCUGGCAUGUGCUCACGCUCAUGCUGCUCUGCCUCAUCUGUGUGCUCUGGGCGCCCUCAAGAAACGCCACCAGAUACGCAUACUCAGAAGAUGUGCCAGAGGAGUUGGGGGAGGAGGAGGUAGCCCUCACUGCAGUGUCUGCUUCUGGUGGUGGUGGUGCGGGUGGUGCUGGAGGGGUGGAGAAGAAGCAAGCAGUGAACACAGAUGUGUUCUCGUUGGAUGACGAGUUGGAGGAGGGGAAGAAAGAAUGA